ACGCUUCAAAGCACUGGGUCCGAUACACAGUUAUUCAGUCACGGAGGCGUAAGGUGCUGUACUGUGAAAGAAGUUGGAGAAAUUUUCGAGAGUUGACCAUCUGGCUCUAGUUUUCGCCUAAACACGUCAACUAAUGUCACUACAGGCUAGUAAUUGGUGUGGUGGUUAGGCACCUCGGGAGCAUCUGUUCUACUCGCCGAUAGGAAUUUUACCCGCUAUAAAAUCAAUUCGUGCUGACAAAAACAAAGGCGUAAGCAAGAAGUGGCGUGAUUUCUUACUACGUUAUCUCUAAGGAGCAGAACUCAGAAGUGAAAGCUUUGCUUCGUCACAAGUGGCAGUAGAGAAAUAGGACUGAAAUAUGCUCGGCCGCGAUUGCAGUGCGAUGGCGACCGCGUGCGGCAGUCGCGAGAGGAGCCGUCGUCCCGUGUCGUGUGACACGUUCGUCGUACUGCCGCCGCUGACGGAGCACGGUGGUGUCGUCUUCGGUAAGAACUCGGACCGGCCCCGCGGCGAGGUACAGGAGCUGGUCUACUUCCCCGCCGCUGACCACCCGGCCGGCUCCGAGCUACAGUGUACGUAUCUGGAGAUCGACCAGGUGGAGCACACACAGGCGGUGGUGCUCAGCAAGCCGGCGUGGAUGUGGGGUGCCGAGAUGGGUGCGAACGAGGCGGGCGUGGUCGUCGGCAACGAGGCGGUCUUCACGCUGGUGGACGACGGCAGCGAGGAGGAGCGCCUGAUCGGCAUGGAUCUCGUCAGGCUGGCCCUGGAGCGUGCGACGACGGCGGAGGAGGCGGUGGAGGUGGUGACGCGGCUGCUGGAGCGGCACGGGCAGGGCGGGCCCUGCUCGGACUCGGACCCCGGCUUCACCUACCACAACUCCUUCCUGCUGGCCGACCCCACGCAGGCCUGGGUGCUCGAGACUGCCGGCCGCCACUGGGCUGCCAAGAGGUUCACGUCUGGCUUCCGCAACAUCUCGAACGCCCUGUCACUGUCGGACGACUAUGACCGCUGCUCGGAGGGCCUGGCGGACGUGGCGACCUCGCUGGGACGGUGGGAGGGCAGCGGCCGGCCACCGUUCGCAGAAGCCUUCGGGUCGAAACCCGGUGACGGGCGCUACAAGAGGGGGAAGGAGCAGCUGGAGCGCCUCUCCGAGGGCGGCAAGUUCGGCAUCAAGAGCAUGUUCGAGGUGCUGCGCGAUGUGGACGGAGGCAUAUGCCGCCCCGUCACGUGCGCAUUUCCGACUCAGGGCAGCCAGGUUUCUGUGUUGAGUCCGCCCGGCAGUGGGAAGCCGCACUGCCACUGGUUCACCGCAACGCCCGAUCCGCGCCACUCCGUGUUCAAGCCGUUCAUCUUUACACCGGCCGUGCGCAUAUCGCGCCUGACCGUCAGUCCUACAUUCGACCCGGACCCGGCAAAGGUAGUGCCGCGCUUCCAGACUCCGGUCGACCGCGAGCACACGCUGUACCGCCUGCACGCGGCUGUGGCGGCGAAGGCGGCCGGCGGCUACGAGUGCCCGCCGGUGCUGAAGCUCCUGCGCCAGAUGGAGGACGACUGCGUCGCCGAGGUGGAGGCGUUCGUCGACGGCUUUUCGCGCGGCGAGGGUGACCUCUCGGAAGUGGACGACCUGCUCAAGGACUGUGUGGAGACGGAAGUGAAGUUCUACAAGUAAGGUGGCGGUUUGGGAAGGGAGCAGUGUCAGUGUGCCCCCAGCUGCCAGAGUAGUCCGUUCCCACAAAAAAUGUGCGGCGAUCCACCCUGUACCGGUACAGAAUAUGUACUCUGGUCACCUACCGGUGAAAGUGCAGCGAGGGAACGGUAAACGUCAAACGCGGGCCGUUGUUGGAGGAACUACUCUCGCCGUGUCCUUGUUAACCCAAAUAUGCCUCGCUCGUAAGGGAUCUGCCUUUCUGACGAGUACUCCGUCGUCUACUACAGCUCUGAUGACUGUGCUGAAAUAGUGCAGUGUCUUUCCUCUACAGUUAUCCACUUCGUAGUUUCUUCACGGCAUAGGACAGAAAAUGUACGAAGUAUUGUGGGAGAAACUUCUGUAACUCCUCUGCCGCCAAUAUCGAAACGGUUACUUGUGCAGCAUUUACAUCUCGGGGAUGCAGUUGUGUGCACUAUCUCUGACAAACCGUAAAUGCCACACUGCGUGCUUUUGCUAUUACUGUAUAGUAUUAGCUUACGUUAAAUUCGUGUUUUCGUGAGCCGGUCAAUCUUGACUGGAUCGUAACCUGCUCCUUAUCUCUUAUAAACUGUGAUUGUAAUCGGAUUACUGUCCUUCGUGCAGUUACCGCAGUCGUACAAAAUUUGAGGUUUCUUAUUUGUGCCCUCGGGAAUAAUGUUGGCCAACUUCUGUCUCAGUGCUGUUGACAUUCGUGUGGACAGUCCACUGCACUGCCCAGGCACCAGUGUAUGGUGGGCUUUAUAAUGAGAAGACCUUAUUCCAGUUGUACACAUAACCACUUCCACACAAUUCUUCAGUAGUCUUUUACUGACUCUGAGCCAUAUGGAACUUGAUUGUGGCCUGACCUGUAGUUCAGUAUGGGAAACCUGUUUAAAAGAUUAGCUUCACUGUACAUAUUAGUAGGUUGCAUAAAAUCUUGUACUUUCUGCUGCAGAGAGGGUUCAUUAUUGUAGGUCUGACUGAAGCUACUAAAUGAAACAAGUUCUCGACUAAACGUUUAUCCUGUGUUAUUGUUUUAAUAAUACACGACUGCUACCGAGUCCAUUGUAAUACACGGAUCUUGAUGCAAGAAUGCACAUUUGCUGGCAAUUCAAAUUAUCAGGUUCAAACACAAAGCCCACUCUCCCAGUAGUAGCCAACACCGAUAUAGAACUCGUUGCCUGCGUCCGAAGAUCCACAAGUUUUAACAGUCGCUAAACAUUUUAAAUUUUCAGUAGUGUUACCAGAUUUUGUAGGCUUCACAUCAACUGCCUCAGUUCACUUGUAAACAGGGCACAAGAACAGUGGUUUGUUGGGGUGUGGGUUGAGGAUGUUAAUAUUGAUACGUAAUAUACAUCAGUUCACAGUUUACGUAACCUCCCACGCAUUUAAUGUCGGUGUGUUCUUACACUUAUAAAGGAUGUCACUGUGAUGUGUACAUGUCAGAGUAUUUUUCAAGUUUGGCCCGUCCUGAAGCACAGUCUUUUGCAAUAUACUGUUUGAUAAUGAUUUCCAGGCAAAAAUUUCAGUUGUGAAAAUAAUUUCUAUAGUGACUGGUGAAAAGAUGUUUCAAAAAACCUCUAUUUACGUAUACUGCCCAACAUUACACGUUUUGGUCUAUGCCAGCAUUGGAAUCUGAAAGAUAAGAAUAAACAAAACAAAUAAGAAGCAAUUUUUUACAGAAAGAUACAAUUCUUCGUAUUUAUGAAAUUAAAUGUACCGCAGGUAACAGGACAUUCUCUAUUUUCUGUCCACUUAUUUCAUAACUAUUUUUAACUCUUAACCAACCCCUCCUUUAAUUUUUCAAUUCAUUAUCACCUUUAUAAUUACGGCACAAUAUGUUGUUGUCGAUUGUUCUUAAUGGAUUGUUGACUUUAUGCAGUUCACUUGUAUUGUGUGUUUUAAAAUUUAUUGAUUCAUCAUAAUCAUUUUCUUCUUAUCUCUGUCCUCACUGAACAGGAAAUUACUCUUGACAGUUUUCGCUUUAACAUCUUUCUUGAAUGAGAUCAUAUUCUUUUUCACCUCCUUGGUACUGGUUUCUUCUAAAAAAAAUUGCAUACAGUGUCAGCAUAUAAGAACACUCUACAAUUAUUCUAUUUGUCUUUUGAGUUUUAAAGCAAAAAUGAGAUUACAAAUGUCAUCCAAAACGUCAGAGGGAAAAGUGCCUGACAAUGCUUGUGGGGGACACCUGGCAGAAGAAAAAUUAUAAUCUCUAUAUAAAAUUGUUUGUAACUUGUUCUCGGUAUUAUCUCACACAUUCUGAUUAUAGAAUUGAUCAAAACUUGUAAAGUUUAUGGUACAUGUAUAUAAGUCUUUGAGAUGAACAUUAUAGUGAUAAGUUGAGAACAUUGUACACCUGUGCAUAGAGGCUCCUUGUACACAAACUGAUUGAAAUGAUUGUAUCUUCACAUUAUUAUGGUGUACAUCAUAAGUCUUCGAGGAAUAAGGUUGUAGUUCUGGUUAUCAAUUCAGAUACUGCUUUGAUGCAGUUCUCCACACCAUUCUAGUUUCUUUUCUCCCUGAUUCGACUCGGUACUACUUCUACAUCUGCACAUGUAUUGUGCAAACUAUUGUAAAGUACACGGUAAAGGGUACGUGCGGGCUGUACCCACUGCAAUUGCGUAUGCACCGUGGGAAGAAUGACUACCUAAGUGCCUAUGGGUACUGUAAUUAGUCUAAUCUCAUCUCAGCUGCCCCUUCAGUAAAAACAGCACUAGAUUCUUCACUUAAUACUGGUUCUUUUAGUUAGCCAGUCUGCUGUCUAAUCUUCACCCACAUUUUGGAAGCUUCUGUUCUCUUCUUAUCUAAACUGCUUAUUGUCUACAUUCCACAAGAAAAAUACAAUCAGAAAAGAAUUCCCAACCCUUAAAUUCACUGAAUCUUGGCAAGUUUGUUUUUCAGAAAUGCCUUUAUGUCAUUACGAGUCCGCGUCUUAUACACUUUCUGGCCAUCACCAGUUAUUUUGCUACCCAAAUAGCACAACUUGUCUACUACUCCCAAUGUCUUGUUCUUCAGCUAAUCCCCUCAGUAUCACCUGUUUUAAUUCAACCACAUUCUGUCGGUCAUUGAUAAGAUCCAUUACAGUUGAAUAAAUUUUAUUUCCCAGUAAAAGGAGAGCAUAACCAGGUUUCGGGACAAAAGACUAGUCUUCAGAUGCAUCUGAAAAAUUACCUCUAAUACAUGACUAUACAUAUUCUCAAACUUUAAAAAACCAACAGAACUUCUUCUAAUAUUAAAAAAAGGACAUCACCUAUACGUGUAGAAAAUGUCUACGGGAGUCAACUAACAAGGGUUAAUUCAGUGAUUUCGUGGUACAUGACACACAAGCAAAAGAUCCCUCGUAUAUUCCUAAGCCUUAUGGGAAACCUCUCAAAGACCGAGCCUGCAUAAAACAACCUAUAAAAGAGCACAGCAGCCCCAGGUAACACCAAAAGAUAAAUUUAGUAAUGACCCUACAUCCUAUAAAACACAACACAAACUUACAAUGACCCAGACUUAAAGAUGUCAAUAACACACUUCUGCAUAAAGCGAGGUAACUGAUACUCGCACACUGGCUUCAGAAAGAGAUAAAAUACAUAGUCACUGCACCUACAGGCAUCACUUUUUAAAUGAUAUGUAUUUAUGUAAGAAUCUGACUUACCAUAACUUUUUACACAUCUGCGUAGUUCAGCACCAACUGCACACUGACAUUAAAAUGCCAGGUGACUAGCCACUUUGCCAUCAUGUAAGCAAAUGCACCACACGCACUUUCCCGUGGCUAAGCUGUGUCCUAUUAUCCCUGUUGUCGUCGUACCCUAAACCUCUAGAAAUGCAUCAUUGUCAUUGUGCUAACCCCAUUCGUGUCAGAGAUACACACUGUUAUUACACACAUCAUUUUCAGAUGGUCCUGAAGGUGGAACUGAUGUCCUGAAAUACCCUUGUACUCUACUUUUAUUGGAAAAUAAAAUUUAUACGACUGCAGCAGAUGUUAUAAACCAUGAAUAAUAUACACAACCACUGUGGAUGUCCUAUUAUGAGAAACACAUUCUGUUUUCUUUGUUUCACUUUUAUUGCUAUUUGUCACAUAACCUCUUUUUAAGAAGCUAACCAUUCUUUUCAGCUGACCUGCCAAGUCAUUUACUGCCUUUUGACAGAAUUGCAAAAUCAUUGCCAAACAUGAAAGCUGUCUUUCUUCUCCCAGAUUUUCAAUUCACUUUUUAAAUUUCUCCUCGGUACUCUUUCUGUCUGCUCAUUGUACAAAUUGAAUUACAACAGUAGGCUACAACCUUGCCUCACUCCCUUCUCAGGUGCCGGCCAUUGUGGCCGUGCGGUUCUAGGUGCUUCAGUCCGGAACCGCGCUGCUGCUACGGUUGCAGGUUCGAAUCCUGCCUCGGGCGUGGGUGUGUGUGAUGUCCUUAGAUUAGUUAGGUUUAAGUAGUUCUAAGUCUAGGAGACUGAUGACCUCAGAUGUUAAGUCCAAUAGUGCUCAGAGCCAUUUUUGAGCCUUCUCAGGUACUACCUUAAGUACACGCCCUUCAACUUUUAUAUGAUUAGCCCAAAUUAUCUUUGAAUGACUGAAGAGAGAAGUGUACAGAUUAGAAUUUUCAUUACACCAGUGUGGUUUAUCCUGGAGUAGCAGGAACUUUCGGGCCUCUAGCCAUUUGCGAACUGUAAUUGUGUAUGUACCAGAGAAACACUCCACAGAAAAUAUUUCUUUACAAUAAGUGUUAAUCUGGCCUUCCAACUCAAAAAAUAAGUAUAAUAAAAAGUCUCUCUCAUAGAAUGCAAAAAAACCAUAUAGAAUAAGGUUUUUUGUUUAGUUCAAGGAAGAGGAGAAGGACUUAAAAGAAUUCGAAAUCACAGAAAAUAUGCUUACAGGUGAAACUGAAAGAAAGGCCGGAGACAAGCAAGAGUGUUCCAAGUCAAAAUCAAAACUAAAUGAACAAUCCAAAUCUCUGAAGAAAAUGAAGAAGAGAAGAAAGCAAAACCAGAAAGUAUGAAACAAUACUAAGCAAAUACAAAGGCAUAAAAUACUAAAAAGUGAUGGCUCUAGUAUAUGCAAAGUUGGGUGAAUCGGAAGAGGAGGAGGUGUUAACAAAUAUAAGAAUGAUUUCUGAAUAAUAAAACCAUUUUAAAUAUCUGCCAUAGGCUGUCAAAUUGUUUAUAUGAGAUGACUUUUGUUGCAUCAUGCAUUAAAGCACUUUAGUGGUCAGUUUUGGCCUAUGGUAAUUUCAAAUGCCUUUAAUAAGAACACCAAAAAUGUAGAAAAAUAAACCACUCCUGAUAUCAUCACACUUUGCAUAUUAUAAUUGCUGUUAUAUUACUUACAGUAGCAUCAGUGAUGUGUAUUUCAUAUUUAAAAACUCUUUACUGCUGUGUGCGAACAUAGACUUGUUCCCACUCACACAUUCCAAAUAAGCAUAUAUGCACAUCACAUACUAAAUAUAGAAAUGCAUUUUGUGACAUGUCAUAUAACUAAACUGCUGUUGACAGAUGGCUUUAAAGUCCUUGCUUAAUGUAUUUAGCAGCACAGUGUGUCCAUUUGCUUCCACAGACAUAAACACAGUCAGUAUAAAAAUGUGGGAAUGGGCAACAAGCAAUGAAUAUGUUUAGACAGCGACAUUUUACAAGAUCAGUGUAUAGCAGGGGAUAGAGAGGGAGGGGAGAGGGAGAGGUAGAGGUAUAGAGCGCUACAGUUGUUGGACCGCAGUUUUCCGUGCAUUAUAUGCCUGGCGCUAUUCUUAAUGAAGAAAAAUUUCAUAGUGCAAGUUAAAAUGGCUUAUUGCAAUGUUAAUAGUACAGUCAGCUAUACUCUUUGUUAGCGCGUAAAAUAUAUUGAUGUUACAGAUGAUCUUCUGUACUAGACUUUACAAUGUCUCUAAGACAAGUGACUAUGUCAACUGUGAAGUUGCCCAAAUUUCCCAGGUUGUUUGAAUGAAAGUGAAAAAAUGUAACACCCAUCACCAGUUAGAUGUAACAGAGUUGCUAGCUCCGUGCCUGCUGUUGCAUGUUGCACUGAACUGACGUCUUCAGUCACACGUGUGCUGCAGCUGUGUGCUCCACAGCUCCUGUGGCACACUGACACUGGUUUUGAACAAAAAGAAUGCAGGAUAUGGCAGCUCGGUCUAUAGAACCGUGACUGUUUUAAGUGAACGUGUGAACUGAAAUGCUCUCUUUCUGAAAUCGGAAGCGACAAUAAUCGCAAAUCACAACAGGAACAAGUGUGGUACAGCAGUAAAUGUUAUACGGUGAAUGCUUAAAGUGGAUAGUCUGCAGACAGCAGUGUGUGGUGCGGCGAGUAGGUUACUUCACUGGUUUAAAGUUUUGAUUCCGUGUUUAAUCACGUGAGCCUGGCAACUAAUGUGGCAGUCAGCCAGAAAGCGAAGGGAAACAUCCUGACCUUAGUUUCCAGUCUGCACGGCCACAUUCCGGUCCAGCCCACUGAAAGAAAAGUGUCUAUUUCCCACGUCUUUGCGGGAUCAGGACUGUGACUUCAGUAAAAGUUUAAAGUUCCAAUCGAGAUUUAAUUUAAUUUAAUUAAAGUUUCUCACAAACAACACUUAAAAUUGCGUUAUGUCCAAUUGAAAAAAAGUCUUUCUAAUCUAACAGCACCUUUAGAAGUUCAGAGGCGACCUCUACGGUAACUUCCUACCAGAUUGUUUUUCGCCCUGGCUAACGUCACUCGAUUGAAAGUUCUCAAUAAAUGUUCAAAAUUUAAUGUGGAAAUAAAUUCACCACUUGCCACGCGGAAUUGAAUUUCACACGGUUGGCACACUGACAGUUAUUUUACCGAAUUCUAAACAAUCCUGGACGGCGUACAGUAAUACGUGUUGGUCGGAUCUGUAAAAGAAGUGGUGCUGUUAGUGAAGGUAUUUAUGUGCCAGAAGUAUAGUUUCUUUUCUCCUUUUUUAAUUUUUAUAUAUUUAUUUAUCCCCCCUCCCCCACCUUUGAUCCAUAAGUGGCACAUAAUCUUAGAGUAGCUGAUGAUUACGUGGUAGAAGUAAUUGCUUUUCUCUUUACAUUGCCGUAUUUCACUACUUUCUCUCACAACACCUUGAAAGAAUCGGUAAUUACCAUUACCUAUACUCCAGUCUCGAAACAAAUAUUCAUCCUCUGAAGGAAGUUAUGUUUGAAGAAAUGUCUAGUUUUUCUCUUCCAGUGCUGUCGUCCAUUUUUUCACCCGUAAUGACCGUUUGCUUCUUCCCGUGUUGUUCACUGUGAUGGCAUAUAAAGCAGUGGCAGUGCCGAUUUCCUAUUAGCACUCGGUGCCACGACAGUGCGUGCAGUACUCUGGUGUGUCCAGCUGAGUGCGGCUUUCCUGUUCACUUUGGUGCAGCCUUUGUUGCGUGCUUGGGGUCACUGAACAGAAAUUAUAAAUGUAAAUGGCAGUAGGAAAGAGGAAGGAUAAGAUACGUGUAGGAGGUCUUCUCAACAGUCCAAAUUGUGGUUACCUCAUUUGUACUUAGAAUUCAGGCCACUAAUUUUGAACAUUACCAAAUAUUACUUUGGGGAGAAUAAUGUGCCAGCAGCUAGCUCGAGGGAAAGAAGUAAUAUCUCCAUGGAGAACAUAACUUUAUGGAGGACUGCAACAUUUUGUGGAAUGACUUAAUGCCAAAAGUAUAUGCUGGCAUCAGGUUAAUACUUACAACUUGCGUUUGUGAUCUUGAAGGUGCCAAAUACUGAAUCUGAGUAAAUGUAUAAUUUUUUCCCCCUGGCGUCAGUAAUCUUUUACCAGUGUUCGAAACCUGUCUUAAUUUUGAGAUGCUCUGUUCAUUUUCGCAAAGUUCUUAUCGGCAUAAAUUGUGAGAGAACUAUAAAUAAUAGCUGUUACUAAUACUGAAAACUGUUGCUGUUAACAGUAUUGAUGUGGCAGGUAUACCAUAUUUAUUAACCCUUCAAACCGGUAGCACUGCUCAAACCUAGUCUAUUAGUGAGGUUUUUAUACAGGCAGCUGGUAAAGGAAUGCAGUGUUUUAUUGGAAUUGCAUUAGUGUGGUAAUAACUUACCCAAAAUUAAAGAAAUGUCCAAAAAUUGUUAACAAUAUACAGUUUUUACAUUUAAAACAAAAGCAGUCACAAGAAAUGAAUGUUCUGUGCCACGCUUGAAGCAGUCGAAAACAGAGUGCUAGGUCAAUGUUUCCCCGUGAGAUUCCACCAAUUAUAUUUUGAGAAAUAGCCUACAAUUUACAUAUGCUUUAUUAUUUGUCUUCUCAUCUGCUUGAUAAACUAUAAGUGCAAUGUCCACUGAAGCAUUAAUUUGUGUUCUAAACGUUUUUGUGUUCCACUUUUCCCUUUGCCUGCUAAUGGGCUUAGAAACCAGUAAUGCAUUGAGUACUGAAAUAUUCAUUAGCCUUCUAAAAACUUUCGUGUUCCACUUUACCCUUUUUUGUUUCUUUGAGGGUAGUUUGUAGUUAAGAAUUUCUUCUGAAAUGUUCAGUUCUCAAUGAAGACUGUAAUGGUGUGUCAGCAUAGAUUAGGAAUACUAUAAAGUGACUAUUUGGGUGUGCUAACAUGCAUUGCUUCCAAAAGUCAUGUGACUAUGGUGCAAUAUAAGGUUUGCCGGUAAGUGCCCUAUGUGGGACAGGCAAGUCUCGUUCAAAAGUACCUCCUAUUUUGUAAGGGGACUGAUGACCCCAGAUGUUAAGUCCCUUAGUGCUUAGAGCCAGUAUCUGGAAUGAACUUGGCUUAAAGCUACAAGGGUGUUUUGUUUUGUUUACAAAAAGUGUCACAGCUCAGAUAUUGUUAACUGUUUUGCUGUAGGUUUUGUAUUGCACUUGAUCGUAUUGACAAGUGUGUUUUAACAAGUUUUAUUGCGGCAACAUUGCGAAAGGCUUCCUAGUUUGCCAAAGUGAAAGUGUUCAUCACAUCAAAUUUGGAGGUAUUAUGUGGAGCAAAUUAGAAAUUUAUGACACACUCAAAUAUUUAAGGAACGAAACUCUUUAGUUUAUCCUUUCUGGCACAUUAAGUUUAAUCUUCUUUCAGUUUAUGCGAACUAAAUUAUUAAUUGUGCAUACUCAUUCACCAUGACGAGUAUUAGGACUGCAGCUUCCUGUUGUGAGUAAUUUAAAUAAGCACAGUGGUUUAAAUGCCUGUGUAAUCCAGAAGUAAUGGUUCACACUGCCGUGUAUAAAUUGUCUCGAAAUGGCAACAUUGCUCGAAAUGUGUGUGCAUUUAACAGACUGAGUGGCAGCUCGCUCCCGCACUACAGAACUUAACUGUCUCCUGUCUCGUAAUGUGCAGCCGUAUGGACACAUACAAAAUAGCCCUUCAACCUUAACUCUUUUAUUAUAUUAUUUCUCAUUGUUAAUCAACAUGUGUGGCACCUCUCCCUUUUUUGUAGCUGUAAAAGGGACAUUUUGGCACCCUUGCUCUUUAUUAAUAAAUACAUAUGUGUAAAACCAUAGCAAAUACAUGUAAUAUUAAAGUAUUGGUCCGUGCAACAUGCAAACAACAUUUGAUAUUAAAACAUAGGUUUCAUCCACUGACAAUGUCAGUCUCACUGAAAUCUUUCAGGGGAACUGCUGUCACCAUAUAGAAUUCUUAAAAACAGAUGAUUGGUCUGAGUUGCAGCAGCCUUCCUUUGCCCUGAGAAAGGCUGCUGCAAUUUGGCCGAAAAUUGAGUUUAUUUUAAUAGUGUAAGUAUUUUAUAGAAUGUUGCAGUAGUUUGGCCAGAAGUAUCCUUCUCUGUGUGGGUCAGCAGAGAGUGCCCUGCAUUUAGCUGACAGGAUGAUGUCGCUAAUUGUCAAGUCGGCACACACACACACACACACACACACACACACACACACACAGCUUGGGAAUGUAUACACUGCUUCCUAGUUUGAGGGUUAAAAAAUAGGAUUUUUCCUUUGUGCUUACAUUUUUAUUUAGGUAAACUUGUGGUGCUUACUUUCCUUACGAUCUAUUUUGAAAGUUUCCGAAUGUUUAGUGAAUAAAGUGAACUAUUGAUUUGGGGGUAUAGCAGUUUAAAUCACUGUCCACCCAUACAGAUUUACAUUUUCAGUGAUUUCCCCUGUAUCAUCUAAGACAAAUGUUGGGAUUGUCCCUUUAAAAAAGGCCACUGCCAAUUUCCUUUCUGUAUUUGUGUUUCUGGCCCAUUUCUAAUGACAUCACCAUAAAAGAGAUGUUAAGCCCUAAUGUUAUGUUUUUCCUGUUUUAGUUGCUUGAGAACUGCUUGUAAAAACCUUAGAUUGGAGCCUCAGUCUGAGCUACAGCUCUACUCUGUUAUAGAGGAGAAUUCCAGUGAAGGCGUCUCCUCUUACUCCUCUUACAGGAAGGCAUUGAAAAUUAAUUUUGUCAGGUUAGCCUUCUUGCCACGUCUGCUGUGUCCUUAGAUAUUAAUGUUUGCUACUCAUGAUGUAGAGAAGAUUUUGAACAGCAGUCAGGCAGUUUAAAAGUAGACUCUCAUUGUUGUUGGUUUUUUUUUUUUUUUUUUGUUUUUAACUGUUCGACAAAGUCCUUCAUCUGAUGACUGUCAAAGAUGGUAUGCUCUUAAAUCUGUCUGCUGUGUGGUAUCUGCUCUAUGUAGUGAUUAAAAAUCUAUUCUAAUUUGUAUUGUUAUUCUAUCACAAAUUUUCCAUUGCUUCAAUGUGUAACAUUUCUCAUAUGUGUUGUAGGUAAGGAAAGAGUUGGUAUAAUGUUUUUGUUAAAGUAGAUAGUUGGCAUAUCUAUUUAAUGUAUCUGCUUCAAAUGUGUUAGUUCAGCAAAGAGAGAAUAGAUUAUUAUUAUUAUUAUUAUUAUUAUUAUUAUUAUUAUUACAGUUGUUAAUUUUCUAUAGUCUGAGGGUGCUCUUCAGCCACGAGGUGCAUGUUCUGGUGCAAGGCUCUGGAUAUGACACGCUUUAGUGACACGCUUGUCAGAGCUUUAGUGAUAAUGUAUAGCUUUACACUGACUCUAGUGGUGUGACGUCUAGUCAUAUUUUGCCAAUGUUCUUUUUAUCUAUAGCUUUAUGGGAAAUAAUGGCUGCAAUUCUGGAGAGGUUGUGGUGACAUUUUAAGCUCUUUGUCACAAUUUAUAUUUAGUGUCAUUAGCUUAUAGAAGGAUUAAUAAUCUUCUUAUAUAAGGACUUUGUUAUGCUUCAUAUUCCUUCCCAUUCAUCCCGUUCCUCAUACACUCCCAUCCCAAACCCCACUCCCCACCCCACCCCUCCUGUCAGAAAAAUAAUGUGAACAUUUCCCCUUCAAAAUACCAUUAAUUCUCAUGCAGAAAAUUUUAACACACAAUUUUUAUGAACAUUUACACUCUAUACUUCAGUUAGUAUAAAUUGGGCUUAAUGUUGUCAUUAUUUUCUAAGGAAAGUAGAUAACAUUCCAUAUACAGAUACCAGUGAGAAAAUUUGGAAAUUUGUAUUAAUCAUAGCUGUAGCACAAUUUCUUACCACUAUUUGCAUUUAGCUGUGAUAUAUAGCGUAAUAUCUGCUGUAGUGACGGAGAAGUAGGAUUGUCAUUUUAAGUGAGGAUGUAACAAUUUGUAGAAUGGGAACGUAUUCUGAGAACACAACUGUACGCACAGGUGCAGAUGAGCACUUUGUUUGAGAGUCAUAUUUCAGAUGUUGUAAGUUACUAAUUAGUGAAUUAGAUGCAGCUGUUCGGGUGAUAUUAUCUUUGUUUAUCCAUUUAAGUGUUGUAGCACGUGUAUUCUUUGUAUUGUUGGGAGAUGGUCACGAGUGUGUGUAACUGUGACACAGACCUUUUAAUAUGGACAAAUUGUUUACUAUAUAUUUUACUUACAUUUGCAAGAGCUUUUACAUGUUGGUAAUAAAUACGUAAAAAGUAAUACUUACGUGAGCAUGUAUGGUUUCAUGGAAAAUGUAUCCUCAUUACCCUUUUCCAGAAAGUUCAGUAAUAAAGCAUGUUGUAAUCUGGUUUUAGUGUAUAAGAAUUAACAAUGUGGGAAAUAAUUAAAAAUUUGGUGAAAAUA